AUGAAUAUUGGAGAAAAAAUUAUUCAAUUUAAAGCAUUAUACAAAGAAUAUGACUCUGUAAUUGAUGACUUGCGAAUUGCGCUCUUGGAUUUUUUACAUGAACUCCAGGAAGAACUAGAUUUGGUUUUUAUUCAAGUUGAACGCAUUAGACAAUAUCUCGAUGAUAGAGGCACUCUUUUUCGUUUCCUCAGACGAGCUAACUUCGAUUUCGACAAUGCUUUGAGGGAACUCAUGGUUGAUAUUCGGUGGCGUAUUGACAACAAUGUGGAUUCAUUAGCCAUUCAAGAUAUUCAUCCACUUCUUAUGGAAAAAGGCCUUUUUUUUAUUCAUAAAACAGAUAGAUUCAAUCGUCCUUGUGCUAUAUUCAGUUUAAGGAAAUAUGUACGCGAGGAUGGAUUUCCUACUAUCGAUGAAAUAAAAAAAUAUAUUAUCUUUAAUGCCGAAGUUAUUAGAAGAUUACUCUUUGACAGGAGUAGAGAGUCAAGGGAUGGCCCUGUGUUACAAUACGUUAUUUUAUUAGAUUUGAAAGGAGCCGGAGUUUCCACUUUGGAUUCUUUAAAUCGUAUCUUUUUCCCUUCUGAAAAAGAAUUAUUAAAUUAUUUUGAUGAAGAAAACUUGUUGAUUGAACAUGGUGGGUUAGAUGAAUGUGAAUAUAAUUUGGAAAUAUGUGAAACUUUCCAAUAUUAUGGAAAUCCGAAACCACUUUUACAAAUUCCAAAACCAUUGAGCAGAGUUACAUCUUUCGAUUCAUUACAUGAGGUUUUUUUCUCUGCUCAUACUUCGCCAUAUCACAGCAGACCAUCCACACCAUAUUAUAUGACUCCCUUGUCAAGUCGACCAUCAACACCGUAUCCAAGCCGUCCCGCAUCUCCAGGGCAAGAUUACGUAUCUGUUCCAAAUUGGUUAAAAAUGACACCACGUGCUAAUCCAUUUUUCAGUACUUUUAAUGAUAGCCGACCAAAUAUUGUUACCCCUAAACCUAUGCGAUCGCGUCAACAAUUUCAAUUUACAGAGAUUAAUCCGGAAUCAUCCGCAAUUACGUCGCAUAAUCAUCACUCAAAUUACUCAAAUCAUAAUGGUUUCAUUUCACCCAUGACACCCAUUCAUUCAAUUCAUCCAAUUCAUCAAAAUCAUAUAAAUAAUAUUGUCUAUCUUCUAUUAAGACUUUACACUAAAUUAAAGCAUAAUUCACAAAGAAUGUUACGACGAUUUCUUGCUCGUAGAGUAACAGGUGUAAUAUAUUAUCUGGUUAUGGUAGUUAUACUUCGUGGUGGAUUAGCAAAUGAAUUUUGGAAGUUAUUAACCCAACAAAUAUCAAUGCAACUUGGAUGGAAUGUAAAUACUACUACGGCACUUACUACUGCAGCAUUAUCAGCUGCACUUAAUGGUCGUACAGGUAAUCGAUUAUUGGGAUUUUAA